UGUAAAAGUUGUGCAAUCAUAUACUGAAACGAACGACGAGAAUUGCGAAGUUUGGUGGCGAACCCUAAGAACCUUUGAACCCACAGAUCCGAAGAUACGAUUUCGUCAAGAGAAAGAAGAUUCACCCUUUUCUCCAAUUCAAGAUUUUGGUGGAUCACUCCCCCCAUUUCACAAUGACUGGUGAUCAGAGGAAUAGCCAUGGAAAGAGGUCCCGUGGUCAGUCUGAUUAUGACGAGAACAGUGGAAGCAAAAGGAGAAACCGUGGUGAUGACAGAGACCCUUUUGUAAUUGAUCGUGAUGAUACUGUAUACCGUUACCUAUGCCCAAUGAAAAAGAUCGGAAGUGUCAUUGGUAGGGGAGGUGAGAUCGUCAAGCAGCUGAGAAUUGACACCAAAUCAAAAAUAAGAAUUGGGGAGUCAGUUCCAGGAUGUGAAGAACGUGUAAUCACGAUCUACAGCUCUAGUGAUGAGACCAAUGUCUUCGAAGAUGGUGACAAUUAUAUUUCUCCUGCUCAAGAUGCAUUGUUCAGGAUCCAUGAUAGAGUUGUCGCGGAGGAUUUACGUGGUGAAGAGAGCCCUGAAAGAGACCAGCAAGUUACUGCCAGACUGCUUGUGCCUUCAGACCAGAUUGGAUGUGUUCUUGGCAAAGGUGGACAAAUAGUUCAGAAUAUUCGAAGUGAGACUGGUGCUCAAAUUCGAAUCAUUAAGGACAGAAAUAUGCCUCCCUGUGCCUUGAGCUCAGAUGAGCUCAUUCAGAUAUCUGGAGAAGUGUUCAUCGUUAGGAAGGCUCUUCAUCAGAUUGCUUCUCGUCUUCAUGAAAACCCCUCACGGACGCAGCACUUGCUUUCUUCUGCAACUGCUGGUUUAUAUCCCUCUGGUUCACUCAUUAGCCCAGCAGCUGGUGCUCAAAUUGUGGGGAUAGCAUCACUGAUGGGUUCCUAUGGAGGAUACAAAAGUGAUGCUGGAGACUGGUCACGCCCAAUAUACCAAGCUCCGAGAAAUGAGGCAUCGGCAAAAGAAUUCUCUCUUCGGCUAGUUUGCCCAGUUGAAAACAUUGGAGGUGUUAUUGGGAAAGGUGGUACUCUAAUCAAUCAGCUUCGGCAGGAAACAAAAGCAACCAUUAAAGUCGAUAGCUCUAAAAGUGAAGGAAAUGAUUGCCUAAUAACUAUAUCAACCAGGGAGUACUUUGAGGAUGCAUAUUCUCCGACUAUAGAAGCUGCUAUGCGGCUGCUACCAAAGUGCAGCGAAAAGGUUGAAAGAGAUUCUGGACUCGUCUCAUUCACCAUGCGUCUGCUUGUGCCGAGUUCACGGAUUGGUUGUCUGCUUGGUAAAGGAGGAGCUAUCAUAACUGAGAUGAGAAGAAUGACCAAAGCUAAUAUUCGCAUUCUCGGGAAGGAGAACCUUCCGAAAGUGGCUUCUGAAGAUGAUGAAAUGGUGCAGAUUUCUGGAGAACUUGAUGUUGCCAAGGAAGCUCUCAUACAAAUAACUUCAAGAUUAAGAGCCAACAUUUUUGACAGGGAAGGUGCUGUUUCUGCAGUUUUGCCUGUCUUGCCAUAUGUUCCUGUCGCACCAGAUGCUUCUGAUAGGUUAGACUAUGAUACUAGAGAUAGCAAAAGGCUCGGACGUGGGAAUCCUUAUCCAGGUGGUUACGGCUCAAGUGAUUUGCCUGCAGAAGGUUAUUCAUCUUAUGGUGCCUCGGUUGGUGGUAGUGGUAGUGCUUAUGGAGUUUAUGGAGGUUAUACAUCAGGACGCAGUGGCAAUUCAGGUUAUCAAGCUGAAGGGAGUGAUUCCACACAUAUUAUUACUCUGAAGCAGGAAGCUAUACCAUCAGGGUCCAUGCACAAACAUGUAUCUGCAGGCAGAGGGAUGCAUGAGAGUUACAUGUUUAACAUCUUCAGGUAAAUCAUUACUUGUUCAUUAUCUGUUUCCAUAGCUCGGAUCAUCUAUGUGCCAUGUUUGUUGGUUGCCUGUUCUCUGCAUGCUUUCUGUACCAGAGCCUUAAGACAGGUUCAGGUUCGGAAGGGGAUUCUCGCUGUCCGAAGAAAGAGGUAACGGAACUGGAAUUCUAUUUUUGCUGGAACCGGUUUUCGGUCUUUUACAGUUAAGUUUCAUACAUAACAUAAUUCAUUUAGUGGAUGACUCCCGUCUUGUUUUUGUUGCCAAUACUGACCUGUUCCAUGGCCGUAUGCAGUCCGGUCUUUGUACACAGAAUGAGAUUAUGAAAGUGAAGGAAUACAGUGAUGUCUUGUAACUUCACUAUACUCUGGAAUGAGUUUACUUGGUGGAGUAAACUUCUCCAUUUCUAAG